GUCAUAAUAGCGACGAUCCGGGGUAUUUCACCAAUUGGGAUCGUCCGUUACUCCAUGAUCAUGCCUGUAAUUUAGCAAUAUAGACCACCUACCAAAGUUCCCCCGUAUCUCAUUCAUUAUUGACUUACAGAUUGCAAGGUGACGUUACAUCGAUGACACAUCAUUUCCGGUAUCUAGGCCUUUUCUUUGUGCUGACUGAAUCAAUUGAUCACAUGUCUCAAAGGUUGCUGCCGGUCAAAGGGACGAGUUUUACGGAGUACUCCGUAGAUAGCUGAGUAGGUAUCCUAGACGGAGUAAAUAACCUAUAGCGAUACUCAUACUGCAGAUGAAGGCGGCAAUUCAGAUAAAGUUCGAAUGGUCCGCAAACAAACAUGGAUGGCCCACCAUACCUGAAGCGGGGAACCCCUGUACUGCCAUAGAUGAUCCGCCCCUCUCUCCAGAUGGACACCCACUAGCUUCUCUUCAAUCAAGCUAUAGUUUUCGCCAUGGCAUCGAAUGAUAUCGACUGGGAGAUAGAAGAAGGGAUACCUCAGGUUGACGAUCCUUUCAUUCAACAGUACCUGAAUGGCCGUACCUCCCUCAUAUUGGAGGAGCAAAAGCAGCGAUAUGACACCAACCUUCGCAAGGCCUUGUCGCCAGUGGCUACGAGAGCAUGCGAGAUCUUUUCCAAGAUACGCGACCGGGAUCUGGCAACUUUAGGGCCAAAUGAGGGAGAUCGCCGCCAGUCAACCCCCAUACCCCACCUCUUAGAGGAUCAGGCGCAGAGGACCAAAUUAUGGAAGGUCUUACAGAAGAUGCCCAAAGGGUCACUAUUACAUGCGCACAUUGAGACGAUGUUAAAUAUCGACUUUAUAAUAGAGGAGGCCUUUACAACAUCGGGCAUACACGUAUACGCUCCAAAGCCUUUGAUCACUCAACGUGACUAUGAAGAAGGUCUUCUCUACUUUCAGUACUCACCGGUACAGAGCUUGGAGAAUGAGCCAACCGUCUGGGAAGCUAGCUACAAGCCCUCUAGCUUGAUCAGUGUACAAACGGCAGCCUCAUCGUUUCCGAACGGAGGGGAAGCUGGGUUUCGUGGUUGGCUGAAGAGGCGAUGUAUUCUCACGCUAGAGCACCCAUACCAUCAGCAUGGAGACAGUGGCAUGUUGAAUGUCUAUAGAAGUCUAUCACCUGUUGUUAUUUCGCUUCUGAGUUAUGAGCCUAUACUCCGCUCAUGUCUUCGUCGGAUGUUUUCGCAACUUGCUGCCGACGGCAUCAACUAUGUGGAAAUCAGAAACGCCUUCGCAUUCCCGUACAGGCGGGAAGGAAGCGCGGCUCCUGAAAAGGACUACUCUGAAUGGUGUCGUGCGUUCCAGGAAGAGCUUCAACGCUUCCAGAGGAUGGAAGAAGGGCAGUCUUUUUGUGGAGCACGCAUCGUCUGGACGGCCUCGCGCACACUGUCGAACAGAGAGAUGUGCGAGAGCAUGAUACAAUGUAUUUUAGCAAAACUGGACUUUCCAGCGGUGAUCUGUGGGUUUGAUGUGGUUGGGCAAGGAGGCCACGCAAGGUCACUUGUCGACCUCGUACCCAUGUUAUUUUGGUUCCGAAAGCAAUGCGCCGAAGAAGGGGUGGAGAUCCCGUUCCUUUUCCACGUGGGGGAAUAUCUAGGUGAUGAUAAACAGACUGAACACGACUUAUUCGACGCGAUUUUGCUUGGAACUAGAAGAAUAGGUCCCGGAGAGUCGCUUUAUAAGCAUCCCUUGCUCCUUGAAAUGAUCAAGGAAAAGAAGAUUCUUGUCGAGUGCUGCCCUAUCUCGAAAGGUGUUGCUAGUCCAACAGACUCGCUCUCUGUUCUCUUGUCUCGAGGUGUUCCCGUCUCUCUUUGCGACUAUCCUCUGGCGAUGACCCAAUAUGGCAUGACUGGGCUAACAGCUGAAUUUUGGUUGGCACUUCAGGGCCCCGACAAUCUAGAGCUUCCGGGGCUUGCGAUGAUGGUGGAGAAUUCAAUCCGGUGGAGCUGCUAUGAGGACCAGUCGACAAGCGAAUGGCUCUCUGAUAUCCAAGAGGGGAUUUUGGGAGAAAGAACCAAGGCCAUGCGUUUGCGGGAAUGGUACACUAGUUUCGAGAAAUUUUGCGAGUGGAUAGCGCUGGAAUUCGCAGAAACAGAUAUAUCUUAGCUUAAGCCUCAGGGACAAGAAACGGGGAGAGGCUGAUGAAAUUAAUAACUAAUGUAUAAUACCACCGAGAUCUUGCACUCUAGCUAGCAACAAGACUCGUCAGGACCAUACUCAUGGUCAGCAUGGAGUGUAUACAACAAUACCC